AUGCGAGCCCUCUUCCCUCUCCUAGCGCUCAGCGGCCUAGCCCAGGCCCUCUACUUCUAUAUCGAUGGCGUAACCCCCAAAUGCUUUAUCGAGGAGCUCCCCAAGGAUACCCUCGUGGUAGGCGACUACACAGCCGAGGAGUACGACGAGCAGAGGAGGGCGUGGGUUUCUCAUGAUGGCAUUAACAUCUACAUCUCUGUCGAUGAAAUCUUCGACAAUGACCACCGCGUCGUCUCCCAGCGCGGCUCCAAAUCCGGCCGCUUCACCUUCACCGCCGCCGACGCGGGCGAACACAAGCUCUGCUUCACCCCCAGCUCCUCGUCCGGCCGCAACGGAUGGCUCAGCGUCAACAACCCCAACGGUGGCGUCCGCCUGAACCUCGACCUCGCCAUCGGCGAGACCAGCCAGCUUGAGAGCUCCGACAAGAACAAGCUCGAGGACAUUGCUAGCCGUAUCAAGGAUCUCAACGCGCGCCUUAAUGAUGUUAGGAGAGAGCAGGUGUUCCAGCGUGAACGUGAGGCCGAGUUCCGCGAUCAAUCCGAAGCCACCAACGCCCGUGUCAUUCGUUGGAUCGUCAUCCAACUCGUCAUCCUCUCGGCAACCUGCGCUUGGCAACUCUCCCACCUCCGCUCUUUCUUCAUCAAGCAAAAGCUCACCUAA